AGCCAAUCCAAGAGAGUACAAACUUCGGUUUCUCAGUCUCCAAAUCUCCAUAAUCACAAGAAACAAAACAAAAGAAUUUUCAGUACUUUAUCUUCUUAGUACAAUAACCAAUUGUGAAGUUGGAUUUAUAGCAUUAUCAGGUUUCUGUUUCUGCGUGGUAGAUAUUGCUCUCCAUGUCUGUUGAACGAACUUUGAAGAAGCUAGUUUCUGGUGUCAUCCUUGAUUUGGAUGGUACACUUCUUAAUACAGAUGGCGUUGUGAGUGAGAUUUUAAAGGCUUUCUUAGUUAAGUAUGGAAAGCAAUGGGAUGGGAGAGAAGCUCCCCACAUAGUAGGAAAAACCCCAAUAGAAGCUGCGGCUGCAGUUGUUGAAGAUUAUGGGCUCCCAUUAUCAACAGAUGAAUUUCUUUCGCAGUUUUACCCAAUGCUGUCUAACCAGUGGCGCAAUAUCAAAGCACUUCCAGGGGCCAAUCGAUUGGUUAACCACUUGAGGGGUCAUGGUGUACCCGUGGCAUUGGCAUCAAAUUCUUCUAGAUCUAACAUAGAGACCAAAAUUUUUCAUCAUGCAGGAUGGAAAGAAUCCUUCUCAGCUAUUGUUGGAGGAGACGAAGUGAAAGCUGGAAAGCCAUCUCCGGAAAUAUUUCUUGAAGCAGCUAAAAGACUCAACAUGGAUCCAUCCAGCUUUCUUGUCAUUGAAGAUUCAAUACCAGGUGUUACUGCUGGUAAGGCUGCUGGAAUGGCAGUAGUUGCUGUACCAUCUCUUGCAAAACAGUCUCAUCUUUAUACUUCUGCUGAUGAAGUGAUCAAUUCUCUUCUAGAUUUGCAACUAGAAAAGUGGGGACUACCUGCAUUUCAAGAUAGGAUAGAAGGUACUUUGCCUUUAGAACCUUGGUGUAUUGGUGGUCCUGUCAUUAAGGGAUUUGGGCGCGGCUCAAAGGUUCUCGGGAUCCCCACAGCUAAUUUAUCCCCAGAAGGUUAUUCAGCCAUUCUUUCAGAACAUCCAGCGGGUGUAUAUUUUGGAUGGGCAGGACUAUCAGGUCAAGAUGUCUACAAGAUGGUCAUGAGCAUUGGUUGGAAUCCUUACUUCAAUAACACAGAGAAGACAAUUGAACCAUGGUUGCUUCAUGACUUCAAUGAGGACUUUUAUGGUGAGGAAUUGCAUCUAGUUGUUGUGGGCUACAUACGACCGGAGGCCAACUUUCCAUCAGUUGAAGCCUUGAUAGCAAAAAUUCACGAGGACAAGAAGAUUGCAGAAAGAGCUCUCGAACUUCCUCAAUACUUGAAGUACAGGGACGACCCAUACCUUAAAAUUUCUUUGCAUCAGGAAAAUUGAUCAUUGAAGUCUUGAGAUUGCAAUGCUCUAUACAGAAAAAAAGUUUAAAAAAUUGAAUUUAUAGCUAUUCAGAAAUAUUAAAAGAAAUAAGUGAUGGCUAUAAAGUGGGCCAAGCAUUUCCAGGGGGUAUUAGCCAAUGUUAAAGGGUUCAAGUGCAGAAUCUCUGGACUGAGAACUUCACGAUCAGGUGUAAAUAAAGUGUUAGCCCUUUGGCCAAAUGUUUUAAAUAUAAAAUAUGGACCUAUUUGUGUGAAUUUUCUGCCUUUUGACAGAAAUGUUUGUGGUUGGGAAGUAUCAUUUGUCAGUGUAAAUGUUGAUUAAUGUACCUUGUUUUCUGGCUGUUAAUAAUUUGGAAGCAUGCAAGCUGGUGCAGAUUGUAGAUUGCUUCCUUCUAUGCAUCAAUGACAUUUUUUGUGAUCUUUCAAUCCA